CCGAGCAGCAUUUUCACUGAUUAGCAAAAGGUAUAGAUGCGCAUGUACAGACUUUUAAUAAAGCCAACGUAAGCUUAUCCAGACGAUUUUUUUUUUGACAAUUGCGGCAGAUGUUAGGCCAACACUUUUUUUUGUUAGAUGACGUCAAGACAAGGAAACGCUGUAAAUCCAAAACGAGUCUGAAGAAAACAAAAUAGAAAUAUCAAGGUUUUAUCUUCAACAAUAACGUUCUGGUAUAAGUUAAAUUCUUCUUUCAAGGGAUACUUAAUCACCCCGAUGGCGUCCAGCUCCCCCAUGGUGAAUGGGGACAUUUCACGGGGUCCUGGCUCCCAACCCGGCCACACAACUGACACCCUGGAGGAAACACUGCAGCAGAUGAACAGUCUCAUCCAGGAGAACAGAGACCUGAAAGAGGCUCUGAGGCAGACCAACAUAGCGAUGAAGGAGCGCUUUGAGGGACUGUCUGUGUGGAAGGAGAAGCAGAGAGAGGAGAGGGACUUUCUCCAGGGGAGGUUGGAGGAGGCCCGCAGCCGCAUGGAGGCCCUUUCCACACACAACCAGGAGCUCAGCAGGAGGAUGGAGGAGCUGCAAGGAGGAGGAGCUGAUGGGAAGGGCCAGGCCCAGGCACCCAAUCAGAAUGCGGAACUGGAGGCGCUGCGUGCUCAGGUGGUGCGCCUGCAGGCAGAGAAAAGUGACCUGGUGGCCAUGAACUCGGAACUCCAGCUCAAGACAGGUCAGGGGUCAGAGGAUGACUCCUUCAUAGAGAUCAGGAUCGCUAGAGAGGAAACUGGCAAUGACCUGCGUCAUGAUCUGAGGGACCCCAGGUAUGACAUGACGGCAUCGCGACAGGAGUCUGAGGAACUGACGGUGAGCCAGCUGCUCCAGUCCCUGAGGAAGGAGACCCAGAGGGUGGAGAGACUCCAAAUUGAUCUCCAGGCUGCCAGAGCAAGAAUUACAGAGCUGGAAGAAAAGGAAACCAUCUCGGAGAACAGCACACAGACAUCUCUAGAGGUUGUGUCCCCAGCACUAGAUACCACAGCACAUGGCUCUAAAACAGAACCAGAGGAGAACCAGCAGAACUCUGGGAAAGACGACAAGGUAGAUAAACAGACGGGCCGGGCUGCAUCAGAAGUGGAGAAUCUCAAGGCUCAGAUGAUGACAUUGUUUAAAGAGCUGCAGCAGGCACAGAGCAAACUAGAUGAGGCAGAUGGCAUGAAGAAGAACCUGCAGGACAGAUGCAGGGAUGUGGAGCAGGAGGUGGGAACUCUACGGGCCCAGCUGGUUGAGAAGCAGGCGGUACAGAGUGAGAACGACAGACUGAAGCUACAACUGGAAAGCAUCCAGGCCCAGAUCUUGCUAGAGCAGAGGAAGGCUGGAGAGGAUAGGACAAACCUGUCCCAGCUGAAGGAAGCCUACACCAAGCUGUUUGAGGACUACAACGAGUUAAAGCAAGAGAGCAAGAAGAGAGAGCCACUGGUCACUAAGGAGGAAGUGGGAGACCUGCAAACAAGACUGGAUGCAGCAGAAAAGGCGCUGGCGGCUAAACAACAGCAGAUAGAUGCCAUGAAGCAGGAGAUCUACCAGAAGGAGGAAGAGCUAGAGACCAUCUCUGUGUUUCAGGCCCAGGCAGAAGUUUAUUCCUCUGACUUCUAUGCUGAGCGAGCAGCUCGGGAAAAGAUCCACGAGGAGAAGGAACGCCUGUCUGCCCAGCUGGAGUUUGUCAAGAAGCAGAACACACAGCUACAGGAUGAGCUUGAGUCACUUGGCAGACAAUCUCUGAGUGACAUGCAGAGGAGACAUGUGUCACACGGAGGCAAUCCACAAGGGGGCGACAGUCCACAUAACAUGCAGGGAGCCAGAGGUGGUGAUGCCAGGGACUGGCAGCAGCAGGGGAAUAUUCCGGAGCAUGCCUGCCCCAAGUGUAGUGAGAUCUUACCAGAUCUGGACAGCCUGCAGAUUCACAUAAUGGACUGCAUCAUCUGAGCCUUCUUCAGCAUCCUUGUCAUCAGCAACAAAGCCAAAUGCUCAAGUAGCAGACGCACCUUAAUACGAGGCUUCUACUUUGUCAUGUCAUCACUUGACAUCAGUAAAAUGCAGGUUAUUAUUUAAAUGAAGUGGGAUUUUUUUGGUAUGUGUAUUACUACAGAUGAUUAUAUUUAAAUGUAUCCUUACAUUGCACAGCUAUAGACACAUGUUGAUUUUGUUUGAUUAGAAGGUGAAAAAUAUCUGUUGAAAUAUGUUCUUUUGGUGAUAAAUGUAACUUCUUCUUGA